AGGCACCCAGCAGGACGUGUGAGGUGAUACAGCCUGGCUUUCACCGUAGCCUGGCUCCCUGGCAUAUGAUGAUGAGUUUGACCCCCUCCAGGGGAUGCCUCCUGGACCUGCCCUGGGAAGACAUCUUGGUUCCACAUAUUCUCUGUCAUCUGCCACUGCAGCAGCUCCUGAGUCUGCAGAGGGUCAGCAAGUCAUUCCAGUCUCUCAUCCAGCUGUACCUGGCCAACAUGCGCUGCUUUGACUCAAGCCAGAUCGGACCUGCCAUCCCUCGAGCUGCUUUUGUUAACCUGCUGAAGGACAAUGAAGUACUGCAGCAGCUGGCACUCCAGAACUGCUCUGACUGGCUGACCGACAGGGAGCUGCUCCCGGUCAUCGGGCAGAAUCACCACCUGCACCAGAUCCAGCUGAAGGGCUGUGCCCAGCUCAGCCGCCACGCGCUGGUGGCCAUCUCGCUGAGCUGCCCCAACCUGCGCCGGCUCUCCCUGGCCCACUGCGAGUGGGUGGACAGCCUGUCCCUGCGCAGCCUGGCUGACCACUGCAAGGCUCUGGAGGCCCUGGACCUGACAGCCUGUCGCCAGCUGAAGGACGAGGCCAUCUGCUACCUGGUGCAGAAGUGCAGCAGGCUCAAGUCUCUGUCACUGGCUGUCAACGCUAACGUGGGUGACGCGGCGGUGGAGGAGAUUGCCAAGUGCUGCCCUGAGCUGGAGCACCUGGACCUCACGGGAUGUCUGCGAGUCAAGAAUGACUCCAUCAGGGUCCUGGCUGAGUACUGUCCCAAGCUGCGCUCACUGAAGGUGAAGCAUUGUCACAACGUGACUGAGUCCAGCCUGAGCAUCCUCCGAAGCCGUGGGGUGGAGCUGGAUGUGGAACCUCCACUGCAGAGGGCUCUUGUUCUCCUGCAGGACGUGGUUGGCUUCGCCCCUUUCAUUAACCUCCAGAUCUAGAACUGGUGCUGCUGGGGAGGGGGGGACUGAUGCAACGCUGAGAUCCCGGGCGGGUGCCGGAACCGGCUGCUGUGGAGA